AGCAGAGCCACAUAAGCUGCUCCCCAGUUAAAACCUCAGUCACUUUUUCAUGCCGUAGUCCAGCCACACCGUUGGUGUCACUUUAAGCCCAUGUGAAGAGAAAUCUCUUUUAUUGGUCUGAGAUGCCAGUCCGGUCCCACAGAGGGAACAUCUUUCCAGCUAACACGUACACCUCCUGAUUUUUAUUUUAUCUUUACAAUGCAGGCCAGAGGGUUGUUUUGCGGUUGUGCUGAGCCCAUCACACAUUAAGGGUCCUUUAAAGAACCUGGAUUGAUUGGAGGGACAAAAAUUAGAAGCAAUCUGAUCCCGCCUCAUGCCGGAUCCCCGCGGAUUUGCUCCUUAUCCCAUUUCCACCCGCUGUCACAAUUUGAGAGCCUGCCUGAUUUGAUCAGAUUCACCUCCGGGAGAGGUGUAAUGCCAAGGUUAGGAGGACGCCAAGUUAUGGGCAACUUUUUGAUCUGCCCAUCAGCAGUCUGAGAAACGCCGGCUCUGGGUUUUCCGCAUCGGCCUUCGGGAAGAAACAGGUUCCUCGCCCUUUGCGACCCGGCAGUCGGUGCUAGAGUCCCCGGGUCAUCCAGCCACCACUGCCUGGCAGAUGUGGCCCUUCCAUGCUGAGGCCGAGAGUCCCGCCUGACCCAGUCGCUGCCUCUCCAGCACCCGUCCGGGCCACGCCCCUGCGGACUGCUCAGCCAUGCUGCCCCUGCUGGCUCUGUUCCUGCACUGCCUCCCACUGGCCUCUGGGGACUACGACAUCUGCAAAUCCUGGGUGACCACGGAUGAGGGCCCCACCUGGGAGUUCUAUGCCUGCCAGCCCAAGGUGAUGCGGCUAAAGGACUACGUCAAGGUGAAGGUGGAACCCUCAGGCAUCACGUGUGGAGACCCCCCUGAGAGAUUCUGCUCCCACGAGAACCCCUACCUGUGCAGCAACGAGUGCGACGCGUCCAACCCGGACCUGGCCCACCCGCCCCGGCUCAUGUUCGACAGGGAGGACGAGGGCCUGGCCACGUACUGGCAGAGCAUCACGUGGAGCCGCUACCCAAGCCCCCUGGAAGCCAACAUCACCCUCUCGUGGAACAAGAGCGUGGAGCUGACAGACGACGUGGUGGUGACCUUCGAGUACGGCCGGCCCACGGCCAUGGUCCUCGAGAAGUCCCUGGACAACGGGCGCACGUGGCACCCCUACCAGUUCUACGCCGAGGACUGCACGGAGGCCUUCGGCAUGGCCCCCCGCCGGGCGCGCGACCUGCCGGCGUCGGGCGCCCACCGCGUGCUGUGCACCGAGGAGUACUCGCGCUGGGCGGGCUCCAAGAAGGAGAAGCACGUGCGCUUCGAGGUGCGGGACCGCCUGGCCAUCUUCGCCGGCCCCGACCUGCGCAACAUGGGCAACCUCUACACGCGCCUGGAGAGCGCCAAGGGCCUCAAGGACUUCUUCACCCUCACGGACCUGCGCAUGAGGCUGCUGCGCCCGGCGCUGGGGGGCACCUACGUGCAGCGGGAGAACCUCUACAAGUACUUCUAUGCUAUCUCCAACAUCGAGGUCAUUGGCAGGUGCAAGUGCAACCUGCACGCCAGCCUGUGCUCCGUGCGCGAGGGCAGCCUGCAGUGUGAGUGUGAACACAACACCACGGGCCCCGACUGCGGCAAGUGCAAGAGGAACUUCCGCACGCGGUCCUGGCGCGCCGGCUCCUACCUGCCGCUGCCCCACGGCUCUCCCAACGCGUCGCCGUCCCGCGGCCCACCCGGAGCCGGAGCCGAGGAGGGGCGCAGGUGCGGGCAGGCCCCCUCCGCGGGCUGGGGGAGCAGGGAGCGGCCCGAGAGCGCCGCCCUGCCGGUGGCGACUUGCAGCGCACCUGGGCGGCUGGCGGGCACCUGGCACUGCGGGCGCCGCGGGAGCCCCCAGCGCAGCGCCCAGGCUGGAAUCCGCAAGGUGGGCUGGAGCCCGUGUCGGUCGGCCCGCGGCUCCGGAGAUGGGGGCAUCCCUCAGGAGAAGCUGGGGCCCUCGGUCGUGGAGCCAACAGCCAACCUGGCUCAGGCACUGGAGAAGCGCCACGAGGACCCGGGAAGGAGGACCCACGCCAGCCAGCCAGCGGAGCCUACGGAGUUCUUCGACCCUUUAAAUCGUCACCACCAAGACAAGUGUUCUGCCCACCAACGGGGGACGGAGCACGUGCCCCAGGGCCAGGAGUGUUUGCCCAACACCAGCAGCCAUCUGGACCCCGCUGGGCGGGACGUGGGUCACAGAAGAGUAGCUAACGGGCUGCCUAGCAGUCGCUACAAACCACUGGUUCUGACGAGUGUCACCCGCUACCGUGCACCCUCACGUCUGACCCUGCGGUCAGACAGGCCUCCCGUGUCCAGACAAACGUCCGCUCGCCGCGGCACUCCCCUCCACAACAGCACCAUCCCCUCCGAUCAGAUGAUCCUGCCGCACUGA